AACUCAAAAUUGACGUCAUUCCGCCUUAAUCCUCUGACUUUGAAUCUUCCUUUGCCAUAAACCAAAAAGAAAAAUAGUCAAGAUGCCUGACCUGCAAGACUCAAUAUUGAUCGUUGGUGGCGGCACUUUCGGGCUGUCGGCAGCUUACCAUUUCACCCGAGCCGGAUACAAAUCCAUCACGAUUCUCGAAAAGGGAAAGUCAAUCCCUUCAUCCCUUUCGGCAGGCAACGACGUCAACAAAAUUGUCCGUGCAGAAUAUGAAGACCCUUUCUACACCGAGCUGGCCUUGCAAGCCAUGUCGGAAUGGACCGAUAACGAGCUAUUCGCACCGCACUACCACCAGACGGGAUACCUCCUAGCCAACUCAUCAGCGGCGCCGGAAAAGACGAAAAAGACCCUGGCUAAAUCUCUCGAGAGCAUCCGCGUGCAUCCAACCUGGGCUGGCAGGAUUGACCCGAUCAAGAGCAGGGAGGACAUCACUAAAGCUGCGCCGGCGCUUGACGGACCCAUGGAAGGGUGGGAAGGGUACUUCAACCAGUUCGCAGGUUAUGCGCAUUCGGCAAAUGCUCUCAAGGCGAUCUAUGAAUACGUCAAAGCUCAGGGUGUUGAAAUUCACACUGGGGAGGAGGUUGCGAGUCUCACGUACGAAAGGGACAAGUGUAUAGGCGCCCGCACGACUUCCGGGAAAGAUUUUACGGCCGCAACCACGAUCCUCACGGUCGGAGCUUCGCUCGGAAACGUGCUACCGUCUGUCGGUCGUCAAGUUACCGCAAAGGCAUGGAGUGUCCUGCAUAUACAACUAGAGCCGGAGGAAGCAGCACAAUUGAAGGGUAUACCAGUCACAUACGCCCGAGACCUGGGAUUCUUCUUCGAGCCAGAACCUGGCACAGGGAUCCUGAAGCUGUCUCCAAGUGGUGGAGGCUACACCAACUACUCGACGACGACAGGCCUGUCUACGCCGCCAGAGAAGAACGACUUCGUGCCCGAGGCUGAUGUGCGUCGGAUUCGGAGGCUGCUCCAGGAAACGCUUCCGUUCCUGGCUGAUAGGCCUUUUGUAGACCAACAUAUCUGCUGGUGCGCUGAUACAGCGGACUCUGAUUAUAUUAUUGAUGCUGUGCCUGGAAAGAAGGGCCUGUAUCUGGCGACGGGCGACUCGGGUCACGGCUUCAAAAUGCUUCCGGUGGUUGGACAAUGGAUCAAGGACUUGGUAGAGAAGGGGGAGCAGGAUAUUGUGCGGUGGAAGUGGAAGGAAGGCAGCGAUGCUGGUCAGAACGUCAGUUGGCGAGCGGGCGAGGUGGUGGAUUUGAAAGACAUCGAUCACGGAUCAGCGCAGUAACGAACGGCCUUCGAUAAAAAGAAACAAAGUUCCGAAUCCAAAUUGUGACAAAAGUGCU